AGGUCAUAUUUAAUUAAUUAAUUAAUUUAAUAAUUUAAAUAUUUGUUUAUUUAAAUCCAUAUAUAGUGCAAGUUUUAACAGAUUCUAAAAAAAUUAAUUUUGUGCUACAACUACCUUAUACCCGAAAUUUGCCAUUUCCCUUUGUUAUUAUAUUACCUAAACCGCCCAUCGCGAAUAUUACUACGUUACAUCCGCUUUACUGAUAUCGAGUUCUCGAUUCCAAAUUGCGCACGAUUCGCGUCUCACUUUAUCCUGUGUAACGGUAAAAUUAUUGUGGCAAAGCUACGCGGAAUGUAGAAUUUGCGAACAACUUCACUUGUUUAACGUUGCUCGGAUACGUCAUCAAACGACGGUGCGCCACAAGAAGAGUUAAUCAUUGACGGGAGUUAUCGCGAAUAUCGCUCGAAAGAAAAUGUGCGACAAAUCUGCUGAGAAGCCGGAGCAACAUGUCGCGGAGGAGCAUUCCCUUAACGGAUCACAAGAGGACAUCCAAUACGCGCCGUCCUCGAUCAGAUAUCCGAAAGCCAAUUUAUACUACGCUUUCGCCGAGGAUACGCACCCCACAACGAGGAUCGCUGUGUCUAAGUCUCUCCAGCGAGAAAAACUUCCACCGCUGGUGGCACCGUUCAAUGAAACCGUCCAGAUGUUUAGCUCAGCGGACGCAGCUAUGACUCACUACCUCCUGACCGACCCACCGAGUUUCGUCGUUUUCGGGAAACCCGGCUUGAACAGCGUCGACCUGGCUUCUGCAAUAGCCGAUGCUUGGAAUUGCAUCUUGAUCUCGCCAUCGUUGCUGAUACAGGAAGAGAUCGACGCCGACAGCGAGAAGGGUCGAUGCAUGCAGAAAACUUUGGAAAAAGGUGAGCAACUAGCAUCGGAUGUUGUCAUGAAUCUGAUACGAUGCAGGAUCCAGAAAAGAGAUGUCAGACACAGAGGCUACGUUGUCGAGGGCCUGCCGCUCAUUCCAGAUAAGACGAGUUUCGAGGACGGUCAGUCAGAAUCUUGCAAGGACCAAUUGAUAUGUGAGAUGUGCGAUCGGACCGUAUCCUGCCAUCAGUCUGACAAGUUAGCUGAUCACUCAGUCUGUAAGCUGCAAUCUGAUUAUGAGCAACAAAUCCCACAGCAGAUCGACGAGAUAUUCAACAAGUUGCAGAGGAAGCCUUCCAUUAUUAUCUACAUGGUGUGCCCAAAGCCAGACGUCGUGAUCAUGCGUGAACAUGCGGAAACAGCGGCAGCUGACACUGUUGCUGAAGAUAUACUUGAUGAAGAGUCGCACCCGCCGCUCGAUGUCCGACAAGAUACCAAGGAGCAACCGAUCGUGAACGACGAUCGAAGGAAUAAUUACUCAGAACGAGUUCCCGACGUAAGGCGUGAGGUUGAGCUACAGUGCGAUCUGUACACGCGACUGGCGCUACCGACGAUCGACAAGUGGAUCCUCGCGCACGAUCCUCGGCGUGUGAUCCGCGUAGAUGGACGUGGCUCGACGCAACGGAUGUUUCAGACCCUCGACGCAUGUCUACGCAUGUUGCCGUUGCAGCCGUCGAUUUUGCCCAAGCAGAUGACGGUCGAAAAGGUCAACAUAGAGGAGGGUCAUGAAGAGAUCUUCGAGAUUCUACGACAGAGAGAAAUCGUGUCGGCCGAAUUCCCCUGGAGAUUGUCUGCGUGGAAGUUCUUCUGUCCAGUGAAACUGGCUCUCGGACAAAAGGAGGACAGAUGUAAAGAAUACACGGUGAGAUUUCUAGGAUACAUUUUCUUCUUAUCGUCUCAAGAAUCUGUAGACUUGUUUAUCGAGAACCCAAGGACGUUUCUGUUACCGCCGAAUCCUCAGCCGAUUUGCAAGAUAGCGGUGAUCGGGCCGCCGUAUAGCGGCAAGUCAGAGCUCAGCCUACGAUUGGCGAAGGUCUUCGGUGGAACGGUAAUAAACGUGAACGAAUUGCUGAGAAACUGUCCUAAUAAUAUAUAUUACAUGAAUAUUGAUGAAUACGAUGGAAACGUUAGAAAUUACGAUGAAGUCAGUGCAUGGUUAUGUAAUGCUAUUGAACAAAAUAUUAAAAAAAUACCGAGAGAGGAACUUGAAGACGAAUUAUACAAAGACGGUGGAUACAUUGUGGAUGGUAUACCCAUCUACGCUUGGAUUAAAAUAUUCAGUAAAAUCAGAUUUAUGCACGUUGUCGUUUUAUUCGAGGAUGCAUAUACUUCGAAUACCUACAGAAAUUCCUUCGUGUUACAUACCAGACAUAGCGAAUAUCAAAAUACACUAUAUGAAUAUAGACGAGAUUUGAAUAAGAUGAACAAAUACCUACAGACGUUACAAUGUAACACAUUUUUCAUUAAUCUCGCGAAUAUCGAAGAUAUGACCGAAAACGUGUUGGAUAAUUUGAGAUGGAAUUUCAAACCCGCGACGAACGACAAGAAGACGGAAACUUUGCAAGGAACAACGUCCACGGAAAACAACAUCGAUGAGGAAACGAACGAAGACGAAGAGGAACAUUUCUCGCGCGUCGUCGAUCUCGAGACGGCCGAGCGACUUCUCGCUUGCGGCUACUAUUUCCUCAGCCCCUUCGGCCGAUGGUGUCCGGUGCAAAUGUACGCCAACGUGAUCCUCGUAGCCCACAGCCCGAACUUUCCGUUCAUCUAUCAAUCUCAGAUCUACUUCCUCAGCGGCGAAGAAGCGCUCCUCGCUUUCUCAAAGGAGAUCUCAAAGUAUCUCGCACGGGGCUUCCGUUUGCCGGCUUUGCCGCUUCGAAUCGCCAUCAUCGGGCCGCCGAAGUGUGGGAAAACGACGCUGGCGGACCGUUUCGCGAAGACCUAUGGCCUGAAGCGAAUCACUCGCGACAUAGCGUUACGCCACGUGCUGAAGCAUUACAGCUGGACCGAAUCAGCACAAGUGGCUAAGGAAAAGCUCCAGGCGAACCAACCAGUUCCCAUCGAGUGUGUGAUACGCGCCAUUGAAGCGCUCUCUCUGGGACCGCGCGCAGCCUCGCAGGGUUACGUCCUGGACGACUGUCCCUUGAGUCGUGAGGAAACUGAGCAGCUGAUUCUGUCGGGGAUCCAGCCGAUGAUCGUGCUGGAUCUCAAAGCGGACCUGCCGUCCUGCCUGAACUGCCUUCAGACUGGGAGUAAUGACGGUACGGAUGCCACCGUCUCUUCUGACUUCCUGGCGCGCUACGAGACCUGGCAAGUGCAUCAGGCGAGCUUCCGGGAUUGGCUGAAGAAGUUUUCGCGGAACGUCGUCGAGCUGGAUGCCACCGACAGCAAAUGGCGCGUGUGGAGCGUCGCAGAUGGUGCGGUGCGCUUGAGAUUCGCCGAAAUCGCGCUCUAUCAGCGAGACGCUGAUCUGGACAAGGUGCACAGACUCAGGUACAUGUGCGUGUCGCCCUUCGAAUUCCGCGAGCGGCAGAGUCAGUAUGAAUCCUAUUGCCCGGCCUGCUUGUUCCGGGAAGGCGUCGUGCAGGCCUCCAUACAGCCAACGGAUAACCAGGGAGUAGUGCAGUACCAAGAGCACUUUUACUGGGUUUGUCCGCAGCAUAUGGCCGCCUUCAUAGAGGAUCCCUGGCAGUAUCUUCCUCCUAUCAACACUGCGAGCCUGCCUGACGAGCGGUUGCAGAUACUCGAGCCGGUGAUCGACGUGGAGCACUCCUGCUUACAGCGACGGCUCCGUCUUGACGGCUGGUGCCCGGUGACUUACGUCGAUGGCCCGGCGGACCGCAGACUGAUCCGCGGCAGAGCCGACUUGGCUGUGCUGCUCGGCGAAGAGGAAGUUUAUCUCCUAUGCAGCGAGGAAUGUCGUGACAAGUUUCUCGCGAGGCACGGCGACUACCGCAACGUGGAGAUCACGCCUGCUCACGAGGUCGACCCGCGGGGUCUGCCGGACAUCCUGGAGCGCACGUUGGUAAAGGAGGUGGUCGAAGCGGUGAAGCGGGUGGCCGCGCUGCGCCCAAAGAUGGUCGGCCUGUCGGCGGCCGCCAGCGCGGCGAUCCAUAUUGGCGUUCACCUGAAGACCCAUCAUGCGCGCGCCGAUGCGAACGAGACGCUCGUUUAUGAGCUCGCUGACAAGCGGAUGGCCGCGCGCGACGAGAUCGUUAGGAUCGUCACCGACAUCGUGAAGACCAGGCCCAAUCCUUACGCGGAACACGCCGUCGACAUCGGGUGCAACUGUUGUCCUGGGAAUCGAGAGUGUCUGUUUGACUGAGUCCCGUCGCGUCAAGUUGAGAGACGCGGACUUGAAUAUUCAUAUAUAUCCACCGGGAGAUCGUUACCCGCGUUAUCGUUAAUUGUUAAGUCGUUAAUCGAUUGUCAUGCGGUCGAGGGAGACGAAGCUAUCCGAUUUUUCUUUUCUCUUUCUUUU